AUGGAGCAUGCGGCAGCCACAGGCCCCAGGCCAGGGCCUCCACGGUGGCCCGCUGAGAACGUUGUGCCGCGAGCCGAGGACUGGCUGCGAGGAGUUCCUAGGGGUCCCCCGGCAUGGGCCACCAGUCUUGAGAGGGAGCUUCUGUCAGACCUAGAGCUGAGUGAGGAGCAGCGGCUGCAGAUCUCGAAGGAGCUGGUUGACGUUCAGAUCACGACCCAUCGCCUGCGAGAGCAGCACGAGGCUGAACUCUUCCAGCUAAAGAGUGAGGUCCUUCGGCUGGAGGGCCGGGUGCUAGAGCUGGAGCUGCACAGAGAUGGCGCCAGCCAGGCACGUGCAGCCCCAGCAGAGGCUGACCUAGAACACCGCCAAGCACCAGCCCAGGAGCCCAGGUGCAAACCCCAGGGCCCCGGACGCCCCGGCCACCGCAGGCUCCAGCUGCCAGGGGGCCAGGAGCGGCUACAGGGAGCAGUGGAAUGGGCGCUGGAGCGUCACAAGGCCCAACAGCAGGCGCUGGAGACACGAGUGGCAGCCCUGAGCCGGCAGCUGCAGGGAGCCCAAGAGGCGGCCAGGGCAGCUGGGCAGCGACUGGCCGCACAAGCAGUGGUGCUGUCCACCUGCCAGGGCCAGCUCCGCCAGGCCGAGGCAGAGAAUUCCCAGCUGCAGCUGCAGCUCAGAAAGCUGAUCGAGGAGUACGCCUUCCGGCUGCAGUGCUGUGCCCGGGAGGUGGUGGAGUACGCCAACGGUGCGGGCCAGGCACCUGCAGCUGCAGCCCUUCGGACAUUCCUGGAGGCCACCCUGGAGAACAUUCGGGCAGCGCACCGCUGCCGUGAGCAACAGCUGGCCCGGGCUGCUCGCGCCUACCGCAAGCGCCUGGCAGAUCUGAGCCACAGGCAUGAGGAAGUGCUGGCCACCCACAGGGGCCUGGACACUACAUCCUGGGCCCGGAUCCACGAGAAGCUCCAAAACUUCUGCCACGGCACCCAGAGCUGGAACAGGAGCGGGCACAGCUGCUGGUCCGGGCCACAGCUGCUGAAGAGCAACUUUCUGAGCUACAAGAGUACGUAG